AUGCCUCUACCACCACACAAGCACUUAAAUCUCAAGGUUGUCAAUUGUCGUCGAGACGCAUUUUUUGCAGGUGCAUCAAAAUAUCGAGAAUGCUGUCGUGAUAGAUCUUUGUUCGAGCAGGGUGAUAUGUGGGGCGUGAUGACGAUUCCAAACGCAACAGAACUCCAUAAUGCAUUUGAGGCCUUGAUCAACUUCAACAUCAAUCAUGCUCCUAAUCCAUUUGCCGCAGUCUUUGUGUUCAGCAAGAAUGGAGGAAAUGAUCUUGGUAUAACGAUAGAGUAUGGUCUUCUAAUCCUCUCCAACAUCGCAAAUCAGUGGACCAAAGUCAACGGAUGA